GAAACCAGUGGACGCAUGGCUGAAGAAAUAAAGGCAAACAAAACCAUAAGAAGAAUGAGAAAGGACAUUCUGACCAAAAAUAUACGAGCCUUGAAAUGUCUGGUGGCACAGCAGGAUUACCCAGAGGCAGAAGCCCAGGAAAGACUUCAGGAAUUGCAUACAAUAUUUGUAUCAAUUGCGGAUGCGCAUUCAGAUUUGAUAGUUUUGAUUGAAGAUAAAGAGGACUUUAGAUUUGAGGAAGAAUGGAUGAGUCAGUGUGUGGAAGAAUUUAUGCCAGAAAUUUCUGAAAUUCAUGCUAUGCUCGAAAAAAAUGAAAUGGCGACGGUAAGAACAAUCAAAAUGGACCUGGCAAUCGAUGAUGCGUCUACAUUACGAUUCAUUCAAAGGAUGAUUGAAAAAUCUGGUGAUAAUGAUGACGUGAUUAGGUGGCUAGAAACAGUUAACACGGUAGGAUCCACGGGAUGUGAACUGCCAGUGAAAUUAAUUGAAUGCAGCGCAGAUGGUAUUUGGAAAAUAAAAUUUGAAACAAUUAACACUGUUGUUCCAGCGUUGCCCCUGCUGUCAAAUAUUCGUCAUGUAGACAAUCAAAAGAGGGACGAUGAUGCGUUAAGGUAUUUAAAUAGUGUAAAACAGAGCGAGAUUGAUAUAAAGGUAAUGGAAAUUGCUAUCACGGAAUGGCGUAGCGCUCGAGAGAAAUUAGUAAACCAGUUACAAGAAAUCGCUGUUAAAAUAAGGAAACACAAAAGAAAUACGCACAUUGUCCGGAUAGUCAGUGCUUCAACAUCAACCGCCGGUGGGCUUGCGUGUCUCUCUGUAGGGAUUUUAGGUUUGCUGUCUGUGUAUACUACACCACUAGGCAUAAUUACAUUAGUUGGAGCUAGUGUAGGGGCUAUUGGUGGAGUUGCAAGUGGUGGAGCCUUUAUCGCAUCUUUGAUUUUAUCGAGUCAGGGAACCAAAGAAGCCAAUGCAUUGAUUAAAAAGGACAAUGUAACGUUUGAAUAUCUCAAAGAAGUUCAGCAGAAGUACACAGACAGUCUUAAAAUUCAUAUGGCGGCAGCAAAAAGGAUUGAUAAGGUAGUCUUAGAGUUCAAAAAGACUUCUGAUGGCUCAAUCAGUGUGAUGAUAAAGGUUGGAAGAUCUAUCAGCAAGACUAUUAGCUUCGUUAAAUCUGUUAACACAGAAAUUAAGUCUAUUGAUGGCAAGAUAAUAUCUGUUCUCUCGAUAACAACUCUCCGAGGUAAGGUCGUAAUAACAUUACUGCAAUCAACAACAAGAUUGGAUAAAACCUGA